UAUCUUUACCUGCACAGAACGUCUCCCAUUAUCACUCACUGAUUAUUAUGGUAUAAUUAGUGCCCAGAAAACAACAAGGGAAGCAGUACAAGCUUUGAGUAUGAACGCAAUGAGUUUGUAGAAGAAGAAAACACAAGAAAUUGAAGGAAAUCCAAGUAGCAUUUGGAGUCAGAAAUGCUGAGAUUUCACUAUUUUUUCUUGUUUCUUUGCUUCUGCGUGGCUCUUCAGCUUGUCUGCUCUCGCCAUGAACCAUACGUAAUGCGAAUAAGCUGUGGAGCUCGACAUGAUGUUCAUACUGCCCCUACAAAGACUCUCUGGUAUAAGGAUUUUGCAUAUACAGGAGGGAUACCUAUCAAUGGAACAACCCCAAGUUUCAUUACGCCUCAACUCACUACGCUACGGUAUUUCCCGUUAUCGGAGGGACCUGAGAAUUGUUACAAUAUCAAGAGAGUUCCCGAUGGCCACUAUUCAGUGAGGAUAUUCUUUGGAUCGGUUGUAGAACCAAGCUUUGAUAAUGAACCACUGUUUGAUGUUUCUGUUGAAGGCACCUUGGUUUAUACUUUGCCAUCUGGUUGGAGCAAUCAUGACGAUGAACGAGUAUUUGUUGAAACACUUAUUUUUCUUGAUGAUGGUACUGCCUCUCUUUGCUUUCACAGCACGGGUCAUGGAGAUCCAGCUAUACUUGCAAUUGAAAUUCUCCAAGUAGAUGACAGAGCAUACUAUUUUGGUCCUGACUUUGGUAAAGGGACAAUUAUCAGAACUGUCAAAAGACUCAGCUGUGGUGCUCAGGAAUCACUGUUUGAUGUUGACUACAGUGGUGAUCAUUGGGGUGGUGAUCGGUUUUGGAGUUCAAUCAAGACAUUUGGCCAAAAUUCUGAUCGUCGCAUUUCUACCAAAAACAGUACAAAGUCAACUUCCAAAGCACCAAACUUCUAUCCAGGAUCUAUUUAUCAAACUGCUCUUCUUAGCACUGACAAUGAGCCAGAAUUAACAUACACAAUGGAUGUCGAUCCCAAUAAAAAGUACUCUGUAUGGUUACACUUUGCGGAAAUUGAUCCUUCAGUUACAUCUGCGGGACAGAGGGUCAUGGACAUUUUAAUCAAUGGUGACACUGUAUUUCCAGCUGUCGACAUUGUGAAGAUGGCUGGGGGUGUUAACAGUGCUCUUGUUCUGAACACAACAGUUCCAGUCAGUGGCAGGACCUUGACAGUCACACUGCAUCCAAGAAAUGGAACUCAUGCUAUAAUAAGUGCUAUUGAAAUUUUUGAGGUUAUAAUAGCUGAAUCUAAAACGUUACUUGAUGAAGUCAGGGGUUUGCAGUCGCUAAAGAAUGCACUUGGACUUCCCCUUCGGCUUGGAUGGAACGGUGAUCCAUGUGUGCCCCAACAACAUCCCUGGAGUGGAGCAGAUUGUCAAUUUGACAAAACUAGCAAUAAAUGGGUCAUCGAUGGGAUUGGCUUGGACAACCAAGGUUUAAGAGGCUUCUUACCAAAUGAAAUUUCUCGAUUGCGUCAUCUUCAGAGCAUAAAUCUAAGUGGGAACAGCAUUCAUGGGCCUAUUCCAACGACAUUGGGAAUGGUAACUAGUCUGGAGACAUUGGAUCUCUCAUACAAUUUUUUCAAUGGAUCGAUUCCUGAAAGCCUUGGGCAAUUGACCUCAUUACGGACGCUGAAUCUCAAUGGCAACUCGCUCUCUGGAAGGAUUCCUGCUGCAUUAGGUGGAAGGCUCUUGCACAGGGCUAAAUUCAAUUUCACCGAUAAUGCAGGCCUUUGUGGUAUUCCGGGAUUGCCAACAUGCGGAACACAUCUCACGGUUGGAGCAAAAAUUGGGAUCGGAUUAGGGGCGUGUGUAUUUGUCCUGCUUAUUGCUACCUGCAUAACAUGCUGGUGGAAGAGACGGCAGAAUAUCCUCCGAGCUCAAAGAAUUGCUGCGAGAGAUGCUCCUUAUGCAAAGUCGAGGACCCAAUUCAAUCGAGAUGUACAAAUGUCAAGAAGCUUUAGUCACGAACAUACUCGAGCAGCUGCUGAGAAUGGACCUCCCCUGCUUACAUGACUGAUUAGUAACAAGACGGCCAGAUGCUUUGUGACUGGAAAAAUGUGUAUAUUUUGAUAGAAGCUUAGUUCAAAUGGUGUUUUGCAUACAAUGUAUCUAUACACAGAGAUCUUGGAGGAAUAGGAAGAAUGUUGUAUAUUACUCGCACUCUUUUUGUUAGUUUGGUUACACUUGCACCAUGUACCAUAUAACUGUUAAUUGAUGAAUGGGAAGGUGAAGAAGUUGUUCUAGUCCCA